UGCUUGUGGUAUAGGUCACCUUUCCGAGCACGUGAUAUACGUUGGUAAAGCACACGCUCGCUGUUCGAGAUUUUCGGUCAGAAAUAUUUGGAAGUUUCUUUAGCGAAAGUAGUAAUUGACGUCUUCAGUCUAGGAUAACUUAGAAAUCAUUUUAAUUUGAUUUUGUUUCCGUUGGGAAGCGAAUUUAAUUUCCUGUCUAAGCAUUCAACGGGUGGUUUUAGUUUCAUAAAUUAAGAGCUGGUAGAUGUGAAAGUGGCUCCCUCUCUCUCGUUUCUCAAAACCGCGUCUUUUGGUCUUUUAUUUCUAGUAAUUCUUGAAGAACCGAAAAUUAUUCUAAUUUUUUAAUCGAGUAAUUUGUGACAUGUCUGAGAUUCUUACUGCCCACAGAUCAGAAAAGGCAGCUACCAAUCCUGUUCAGUAUGGUAAAGUUAAGUACUUCUGCCGCCAGAGGGGGCAUGGGUUCAUUACGCCCGAUGAUGGAUCAGAUGAUAUCUUCUUCCAUAUUUCGGACAUCGAAGGAGAAUAUGCGCCACGCCACGGCGAUGACGUAACUUACAAACUGUGCCAUAUUCCUCCAAAGAUGGAGAAGCUUCAAGCUAUCCAUGUGGUUAUUACUCACCUCGGACCCGGGACUCACGAGCGGUGGGACCAACCUCCAUCUCCACAAGACUCUGACCAGGCUUUUCUUCACGUUACGCAGUAGUUGAUGGAGAUGGCGUUGUAACUGAUAUGUUAGUUAGUUGGAAUCGGGGUCUGCUUCAGUUCAAGUUCAAGCUGGUGCCAACGUUAGCACAAAUUAAUAUUCGCGACAUAAAAUCAUUUUUGUGAAAACAUUCGUUUGGCGGUAGCUUUUUUUGUUUUUUGCACUGUUCUGUUACAAAGAUCAUGGUUUUUACAUUUGGCGAUUAAAGCUAUUUAUUCGUAUACAUAAGGAAAAUAGAGAGAAAAUAAUGAAGUGACACUUUUUUUUUUUGGUCGUAUCUAAGCCUACAACUACAA